GCUUCUCAUUGGAUCUACUGAUUAGAUAAGGGAUAUAUACGUUCAAUGAAUCACUAGAUACCUUUAUAUGCACAUACUCAUAUAUGUCCAAGUUUCAGCAUGAAAGCUAUAUUCUUGCUUUUACAUGUGUGUUUUUUAUUAUGUCUCAAGUGCGUAACUAGCCAAGAUAACAACAAAGGACAAUGCAGUAUUACCGUCGAAGACCCGUUUGACUGGAGAUUUACGAUAAUUGAACUAUACGAUAACAAAGUUGAUGUGGAACUCUUUUCCACAACGUAUGACGAGCCCUUGAGUGUUGAAAGUUGCGAACCUAAUACGGAGUUUUUCAAUGUGUCCGCGAAUGGAACACACUUUAUUAUACGUUCUACUCACCAGAUGGAGAAUUUUGAUAAAAACACUCCCAAGAAAAGUGGUUUUAAAAACAUACACACGCAAUGCAGUUUAAUGUGCACAAAAGCUGUUAGUACGUUGCCGAUUGACUUUCAUGUCUCAGAUUACAACAAUCAUGAUCCCGAAUUCUCACAAGCGAGCUAUUCAUAUGAAGUGCCAUCUCCAAUCAUGUUAAAAACAGACUUCACUAUUUAUGGGAAAAGUGUGGUAACAGAGGAUGUGGAUUUUUCAAAUCAAGAUGUGCAAUACACCAUCGACCCAGAUGAUUUUUUAGUAGUGACUAUAAAAGAUGACGAGACAAAAAAAUACACAGCAAAAUUUGAAGCCAAAAAUAACAUUCAACUUAGUGAAGAAAAGGUGUACACGAUAACAGCUACGGACACUGGCGAGAUUCCUGGUCCAAGAAGUACCAGUGCUACAAUUCGAUUGAAACCUAACAAGGAUCAGAGUUUGGACAUGCCGUCAUUCGAACUGCCCCAGUAUUCGUUUUUAUAUAAAGAUGAAAGCAGCGGUCUUGAUCCUAGUGAUGUAUCGCAAAGAACAAUUAAAUUGAAGACAACCAAACAGGAUAUCGUUCAAAACAAUUUGAGGAUCACUGGAGAACUGAAGAACUACCUCAGUCCACAAUAUGAUCCAGUAACCUCAACAGUAUUCUUGAAGCUACUCCUUCCAAUAAGGACAUCAUCUGCUUUUCUGAUAUCAACUUUGAGCGUAACCACCGACAGUACAGCGACUACGUCAAUCAUAGUUCACAUACAGUCUAACAGCAAAGACGCGCCUCGGUUUACGGAAGUGCUGUUCACAGGACACUAUGAUCCAGUUGAGGAGGAAGUAGAUCUGGAUAUGCCUAUUGAAGUAUCAAGCGAAGCUGCAGUGAAAGUUACUGUACUAGUUGGAGGUAUUAAUCCAUAGAACAUACAGAGUGAUUCAGAAAAUAGUGACAAUGUAUAUAGGAUGUAAACUCAAGCAGAAAUAACAUGAAAGGUAGUGAGGAUAUAAUUUCGAAAUAGAAAAUAUAUACCGGGUGUUUCAAAUUCGACCCUCAUCAUUGGGAUCUCGGAAAUAGUAAGAGAUAGGAAGCCGGUUAAAUGGGGACACAGUUGUGUAUUUAGGUAACUAACAAAAUGCCUCUUAUAAAAUUCCGAGAUUCACAGUUCCUACGAAGAGACAGAAAAAAACGAAUUUUCCAAGAAUCGUUUUAAUUUUUUACUGACUUUAUUUGUUGGGGAUUUCAAAAUAAAAUGCACAUUAACGAUAACUUCCAUCGCCAACCUUAUUUUUUCAUAUGGACGCUAUAUUGGAAUAUCUAUGAUUAUUGUUAUUAUCAUGAAUUACAUUUUCAUUUUGCGAUUAGGUUUCACAAAUAAAGCCAGGAAAAAAACAAGAAUUAUUUUGUGAUAUAUCUGGUAUACAAAACAGAUACUUAUCUGGUAAUAUCAAGUCUUACCUAGUAAGUUCGCUUUCUUUUGGCAACGUCAAUGCAUUACACAUUAUAUACGUACAAUUUUGGAAUCAGAAUUGGAAACUCUAUUUAUCUGUGCAGUAAUUCAAAAUGGCGUCCUUAGGAGAAAAUAAAUUUGAUGCUGGAGGACAACAGGUGACGACGUAUAAAGGAAUUCUAGCUAUAUUAAGUACUUUGAAUUUUGAGUAUCUUCAGAGUAGAUUAAGAUAUUGACUCAACAUUUUGUAUCUAUGUCGUACUAACAGAAUAGCCAAUAAAGAUAAAACUAUUCGUGUCUGUAGACCAGUUUCGUAGACAUUUUUUGAUACCUAUAGACGAAGAAAAGGUAUUGUUCUCUACACCACUGACCUUUUCAGAAUAGCUAUUCCAUUUUUGAUUAAGGUACACAAUAUAGAAAAAAUGCUAGUAAAAUAACAAGCGGUAUUUAUGUCUCAGAGCACUCUUAAUGACUGUAUAUUUUGCUCUUGCAUAAGCUCAAUUAUUUUAUGCAAUUCUGGCAUAAGGUCAUUCCACGGGGCUCGCAGGCCUCUUGCAUUAGAAAGAAAAGCAAUAUGAAUUGUAGCCGGAUUAGUUUUCAGCUUCAGCUUUUGAACAUCAUUAUUUCAACGUUACCAUUACUAUACUACAACUAUUUAAAACUGUAAUGACUCAUACGCGUGAUCAACACGUGAUCAGAGCUCGAU